AUGGGGCCUAUAGAGCGAUGUCUUCUCAUCUUUAUCGACGAACAUCAAAGGCAGUGCAAGCCGGUUGACACGCAUGGCCAGGCAGGGCGACAAGAUAGCCGUCUUGAAACUUGCGGCCAUAGUAGUAGGAGCCGGCCUUGGGCUGUGGGUUGUGCUAGGCUGGAUAUUUUGAAGCAAUUCCAGAUUGUCAGAAUGAUGACGCGGCGCUCCCCGCCCCCUAAGAAAGUUGCAUAUAAUGCUGUUCCUGAGCAGGAUCCGGUCAGUUCAACGCAGAGCCGCUGUCCUCAUGGCCCCUGGGUGUAUAUUUGGCGGUGGUCUAUGCCGACUACAGGGAUAUUACGGUGGCGGUGGGAACGGGAGUUGACGUCCCAGAGCCUUGAUACUGGGUUAAGGGGCUACAAUACAUAUAAAUAA